AUGUCAAUAUGUCUGACAAAUACAAAUGAAUGCGAAUUGACAUGCUGUUCAUUGAAUCAUAAUAUUCCAUCUGAAAUAAAUACUGCAUCAUGUUUAGCUAUAUCAGAUACUUGUUUACUUUUAUUAAAUAGUGGUACUGAUCGACUUCUUCUAUUUGAUCUAACAUUAUCAACAUCAAAACUAAAUGAUAUUAUUUGGCCUAGUGAUACCUAUGGUAGCAUUCGAGAUAUUUGUUGGUCAAAAUAUAUAAAUUCAUUUUUAAUAUUAGGUGAUGAUGUUGUAUGUUCUUAUUCUUUUCAAUCUAAUCAAUUAAUAGUUGAAUUAAAUUCUCCAUCUUUAAAUGAUCGUUUUUGGUCAUUAACUGUACUUGGUUAUGAUACAUAUAUUCUUUGUCGACAAGAUGUUCUCUAUCGUUACUGCUUACCAUCAUGGACAUUAUGUCGAACAUGGUCACGUACAGAUUUAAUUGAUAUAUAUAAUACAGAUAAAUUUAUCCAAUUAAUUCGAGCACAUCCAUCGAUGGGUACUAUCGCAUUACUUAUAAGAUUAAAACAUCAUCGUAAAUGGCGUAUUGAUUUAUUUGAUCGACGAAUGCAAAAACUUUAUUCAGGAGAAUCUAUACGUAUGGCUUCAGAUUAUCCAUUUCUUAUGCUUCAAUCAUAUGGAGAACAUGGACAAUGGACUUUAAUAAAUGAAAAUUAUAUAUGGAUAAUUAAUUCAAAUGGCCAUUUUAUUGUACGUCAUGCUCGAAAACGAAAUAAAGAAUUAGAGCAAUAA